AUGGAGUCCGUGUCAAUCCCCGUGCUGAUUGAUGGGCUUGUUGAUUGUAUUGCCCAGCUAAUAAGGAUCGCUGAAGAGCUUUUACAGCUGAUUGCACGAGAGCAACUGCCUUGUGCAGGGCAAAAUGGUGCAGCACAAGUGAUGGGAGCAGCUGCGUUUUUUCCUCAAGAAGAAGAUACGCUGCCAGAGCUCGCUGAGCUCUCAGAUUUAGAAUCAAUACUUACACCAAGAGAGGAUGAAGACCUAAUCCUUGACAUAGAUCAAGCAAUGUUAGACAUAGAAGACUUAUAUGAAGAUGUUCUCUCUGGCCUAAACGAUGACUUAAGGAGUGGAUAA